AUGGCUACCCGUAGUGUCCUCGCUUUUGACGCUAAGGGUCGGGCCAUUGACUUUGACGUCUGGAUAGAUGACCUGCAGCUUUUCUUACAGUGCGAUAGGGCGGACGGUCUCUCUCUCUUUGACCUCACCUCUGGUGCCUCUCCUGCCCGUGCUGCUCAUGCUUACGCCACUAUCCGCUCACAGUGGGCCACGCGCGAUGCUGCUGCACGUCGUGCUGUGCGUCGCCACCUGCCUACCUCUGAGCGUGCGCACUUUAGUCAGUACAAGAGUGCUCAGACCUUGUACGACGCUGUAGUUGCACGCUACUCCUCCCCUGCCACUGCUGCACUGAGCCGCCUCAUGCUACCGUACCUCUUCCCUGACCUUGCUGCCUUUCCCACAGUCGCUGACCUCAUUACGCACCUUCGCACUAGUGACACUCGCUACCACGCUGCGCUUCCUGCCGAGGACCACUUUCUCUCAGUCUGUCCCACCACUCUCACUGUUGACCUCCUCGAGAAGGCCCUCCUAGCAGCUGAGAAGAGCAUAGUCGCUGUAGGGGCCUCUCGUGGUGACCCGCGCACCCCCAUCUUUGAGGGGUGUUCCCCCUCCCCUCUUUUGUCCUCUGUUGCCUCUGCUGCUGCGGCCGACCUCGUUGACCUGGAGUCGGUCGGUGCGGCGUCUACCCCUAGUGGGAAGCGACGCUCUGGCAAGGGCAUGGGGGGCAGGGGCGCUGGAGGAGCUAGCAGGGGCGGUGGAGGCGGCAGUGGAGGCAGUGGAGGGGGUGGGGGUGGUGGUGGGAGUGGUGGCGGGGGUGGAGGUGUCGACGGCGGCAGUGGAGGCGGAGGCGGCGGCGGCGGUGGCAGUGGGAGCGGAGGUGGUGGAGGUGGCGGAGGUGGAGGAGGCGGUGGCGGAGGAGGAGGAGGAGAAGGAGGUCGUGGCUCUUCGUAG